AUGCUCAUUCAACUGCCAGUGAUGAUUGCAUAUAUAAAAUUUACAAAUUUGAAGUGUGUUGCUUACGACAAACCCUUCGCAGAUUUCCGACAAUGCAAGCUUAAAGCUUUGUCCCGCAACACUGUUGCGCUUUUCCUGCAUGUUCAACUUUUCCAAGUGCCCGUGAAUAAUGUCACCGUUAACCUGGAUGUUUAUAGAAGGGCGAAUGGUUAUCGCCCUUUCAUGUUUAACAUAACCGUGGACUUUUGUAGUUUUCUUAAAAAUAAAAAACGUGUACCUUUUGGCAAAUUGUUGAUGGACACCAUAGAGAUCUAUUCAAACAUCAAUCACACUUGCCCAUUCGACCAUGAUAUUAUUGUCAAGGAUAUGGUGUUGAAAACUGAACAACUACAACUACUUCCUAUGCCGACGGGUGAUUACUUGCUUAAAAUUUCCGUUGCAGCCUACAACGAUUAUAAGGCCACAGUUAAGGCUUAUAUACAAGUUGUGGAGGAUUAG